UGGACAUGGCAGGACUAAAUGACAGUGUGAACGUGACAGAUGACCUGGAUGUGGAACUGUUCCAAGGUUAUCCACCUGGACUGCUGGAGUACGCGACGGCGUCCUGCAUAAUCCUCAUGUUUAUUGGCAUCCCUGGAAACCUGGUGACCAUCAUCGCCCUGGCAAACUAUAGGAAGGUUCGGAAUGCGACUGCCAUAUUCAUCAUGAACUUGUCGUUGUCUGAUCUGCUGUUUUGCUGUUUCAUUCUACCGCUGUCCGCUUCGACGUUUUCUCACCGGUCCUGGAUUCAUGGAUCCAUUUUAUGCUAUAUGUUCCCUUUUGCAAGAUAUGCUUUGGUAGCGGUUUCCUUACUCACUAUAUGUGCUAUCACAAUCAAUAGGUACAUCAUAAUUGCGCACCCGAGACUGUAUCCAAAGUUAUAUACAUCGAGGAACAUAGGCAUCAUGAUUGCCAUCAUUUGGAUUUUCUCUUUCGGAAUGCUAGCCACUACUUGUUUCGCGAAAUGGGGACGAUUCGGCUUGGAUACAAGAAUCGGAUCCUGUUCAAUACUACCCGAUGAUAAAAACAGAUCACCGAAGAAAAUAUUGUUUCUGACAGCAUUUUCCAUCACAUGCACUGCUAUAGUAGUAUGCUACACGAGAAUAUUCUUCAUAGUCCGGAAAACAACUAAGAACACCUUGAGAACGGAAAGAAAAGUUCCAAACGAUGAUACGUCUACAUCAAGUGAAAUUUCUACUUCUGCGCUUGUUAAACUAAACAUCCCAGAAGCGAGUACUACUGUGACUGAAGUAGCAAGCACCAGAAGUUCCGCAAGCCCAGGCUUACAAAGAACUGUUACGAUUAAAGUGGAAAGACGGGAUGGUAAGAGAGUGGAGAAUAAAUCCGAUCCAUCUGAACUGAGACGGACAGCGCUAAGGAGGUCCAUGGCUAUGCUUAAGAUGUCUUUACCGACGAGAAAGGAUAGGAGAUUAGGGACAUUAAUUCUCGCAAUAAUGAUCUCUUUCUGUGUGUGCCAUUUGCCCAUAACAGUAACAAAACUGUUGAGGGAAGGAAAGCCAUCACCAGGACUAAACAUUGCUUCUUAUAUUCUCAUAUUCUUAUCCUCUAGUAUCAAUCCAAUAAUUUAUGUCGUCAUGUCGAACGAGUAUCGAAAGGCGUAUAAACAUUUGCUGAAACUUCGCCGACGAAAGGAGAAGUUUAGUUUGAAUGCGUAAUGGAUUUUUGACAAGUAGGAGAAGUUUGGUUUGAAUGCGUGAAUGUAUAUUGACAAGGAGGAAUUAACUUUAAAUGCAACGUGACGCGUAGAUCCAUUCUUUCAUACUAUCCAUA